CCACUGUGCCAGUAUUCAGCUGACUCUGGAUGGGUGAGGGGUACAGCCAAGACGUUGUAUGAUCACAGUGAGUUUACACAAACCGAUAAUGCCACUUCACAAUGAACACUUGGUUUCUUUAUGGAAUGAAUGUUAUAUUUUCUGUCGCACCAUAUCAUUCUAGAUCCAAAAAUAAGUUGCGACUCGCUUCUGUAGGUGCUACGUUGGAGACUGCUCGAUAUGUGUAAUACAGUGAAGGAAGAGGCUGGCGGGUCAACACAGAAACCUGCUGUUGGUGAAGUCCCGUCCAUCGCGGCUCAGCCUAGUAGCAAGAGGGGCAGACUGUGGACGCAGGUGGCCGCGUGCAUGGCGGCAUCGCUGGGCACUUUGUCAGCAGGCGCCGUGAACGGCUGGACAGCCGGCACCCUUCCUUCGAUGAAGGAGGACCCCAGCAUUUAUUUAGGCACUGCAGAGACUGCCUGGAUGGUGGGAAUCGUCGCCUUGGGGGCCCUAGUCGGGAGUCUGAUAGCCGGGCAAGCAAUGGACCGCUUCGGGCGGCGCACCACCAUCGUGUGGGUGUCCCCCAUCAUGGCAGCAAGCUGGGUGCUUAUGGCCCUUGCCCCCUACAUCUCAAUCAUAUUGCUCGGCCGUGCCAUCUGUGGACUCAUGACUUCUUUUCUCAUCUCCGCUGUUUCGGUGUACAACAGCGAGGUUCCAGAGGCGCGUCUGCGAGGAAGGCUCGGCACGAUGUCAUCCCUCUUCAUCUCGCUGGGAAUACUCUUCUCCUACACUGCUGGAGCCUUUCUUCCCUGGCGCUAUAGCUGCUACGUGUGUGCCGCCCCACCAGUCCUCACAGCUUUCGUUGUGUUUGCAGUGCCAGAGUCCCCUUACUGGCUCAUGCUUAAGGGCAGGAAAAACGAGGCUUUGGUAGCUUUGAAAUGGCUUCGGGGGCCAGAUUAUGAUAUAAUGGAGGACCUGGAGAACAUCGAUCUCAAAUUAAAAGCCGUAGGCACAAAGAUACAGUAUCGAGAACUUUUGCGACCACGAACACGCAGGCCGUUCUUCAUUGCACUAUUCUUAAUGACGCUGCAGCAGACCUGUGGCGCCAACAUUCUCAUUAUGUACACAGGCAGCAUCCUGAUCUCAGCAGGGGUCAAGGAUCACAAUACAGCCGUCGUGUACGUCGGCCUUGUCCAGCUGGUAGGGACCAUCUUUUCCGUGCUGCUCAUGGACAAGUUGGGUCGUCGCCUCAUAAUUGUGACUUCCCUCUCCGUCGUGGGAAUUUUCACGGUCAUGUUGGGGGUGUAUUAUUACAUGCAGGUGGUGAUGAGCGUGGUGUGGCCACUUUGGGUGCCGUUGACAGCCGUGAUGGUGUCCUCUCUGGGGUACUGCUUUGGGUGCCGCACUAUUCCGUGGCUCACUUCUGCUGAACUCUUCAACACGACCAUCAGAUCAACAGCAAACACCGUCUGCUUACUUUACAACAGAAUACUCAACUUUACCAUUGUGCAGGUGUACCCGUUCCUCGUCGAGGCAAUCGGAGCCCAUAGUGUGUUCUUCUUCUUUGGAGGAGUGAGUCUCGUGGGUAGCGUCCUGUCAAGCAUAAUCAUGCCGGAGACGAAGGGCAAAUCAUUGGAACAGAUUCAAGAAUAUUUUGAGAAAAAAAACUUGAAGGCAUCAGAAAGUAAGAAUAAGAAGAGUGGCGCCUCUGAAGACGAUACAAAAAAGACCUGCUGCAAUGAUCAAUCUAUGCUGUCCUCAGUCUCCGUUGCCACUUCCCCGAUAACCGAGUCGGCAUGCGUGAUAACACAGGAGGAGGAAAUGACAAAACUGUAGUCGUUUACAUGAUGUGAAUAUAAAGUGCCAACAAAAGUGUGUCUUCCUACUCAGUAAUAUCUUUUUUAAGUACUUCGCAUCCAAGCGGGAAUUCAGCAGUGGUAGUAUGUGAAUUGUUGGCAACGUCAAGGUUUUCGUCGGUGUGCAGGUGUGCCUGAACAAAUGUGGUGUGUGGUUGAUGGGGGAGGGUAUUUGGGAGAUACUACGUACUUUGCUCAUCCGUAUCUAAUUUAUUACUUUGCCCACCAUAUCUGUUUAUAGAAUACAGAAUUGUGAUUUUACACAAUAUGAUCCAAGCUUCUGGUGCUAGAAUUUUGAAGUCAGUUCAAUAAAAAUUCUUUAAAAGUA